AUGAUACCUGCUGGGGACAUACUGUGCUCGAGUUUAUUCCCUAAUGGGAGGGCACUUGUCCUCCCCUACAAGGAUAUACAGAUCCUUGCCCAUGUCUGGAACAAACUUAGCAACCGCGAGCAAACCCACGUCCUUGAGGAAUAUAAGAAGGCCAUCCGCAUUCUUCGGUCUCCGUCAAUCUACGUGCCUAAUACUGGAAAGCACAACGUUUUGUAUCAAAGGGAGACAGGAGCCAUGACUAUGUUGGACUUCAAAACUGCUAUAGAAUGUCCCCAGUCAGAAAAUUUGCCUUAUACCGAGCUGCUGUCGCUCGUUGGGGACCCUGUGAUACGUGGACACACGAGUGGUGGGUAG